GGGUCACCAGCCUUCCCCUCACGUGGUUGAACCAAGGAGGAAUCCAGGAUGAUCGCAUGAGGAAAAUAAACCAGUUUGUUCUCCUAAUGUCAGCGGAUCGCAGGAUCGGAGAAAAUUAAACAACUUUCUAAACAAAGUGUUGCUAAGGCAGGACCUUCCGCCAUCAUGGCGCUGUACAUCAAAGCUGCGGAGAUCCUGGAGAAAGCGGAGAUGAAACAGGGCGCCCUGAAGACUCUGGUUUACGACAGUAAGUUUUCCAACAUCAAGCAGCUCUUCGCUCUGGUUUGCGAGACGCAGAAGUUCUCCUCCAUCCUGCAGGAGAUCAUCGAGAGCACCAAGCUGCUGAAGCCCACCAAGCUGAAGAUGCCCCUGGCCAAGGUGCUGGUAUAUGACCUCCUGAUCGGCCAGGGGCUGAAAUGCGGCGGUACCUGGAAGGCCAAGAUGAUGAAGCAUCGGGCCCGCCUGCAGGCGGAACUGGCCCGCAUGAAGGUGAGGAGAAAAGUCAGCAGGAAUGAGGAUCUCCUUCCAGCCAGCGCCAAGCAGAACCCCGGGGACCAGCUGCCCAGAUAUGUCCGUGUGAACACACUGAAGACCACCGUGGAGGAUGCUGUGGACUACCUGAAGAGGGAUGGUUUCUCCUACCUGGGUCAGGCCGUGAAGCUGGAUAACUUCACCCUGAAGAACAAGCAGUUUGUGAUUGACCUGCACCUGCCAGAGCUCCUGGUGUUCUCUCCAAAGACAGACUUCCAUGAUCACUUCCUGUACAAGGCAGGUCACAUCAUCCUGCAGGACAAAGCCAGCUGCCUCCCUGCUUAUCUCCUUAACCCCCCACCUGGCAGCCAUGUCAUUGAUGCCUGUGCUGCCCCUGGCAAUAAAACCAGCCACCUGGCAGCCAUCAUGAAGAACAGAGGGAAGCUGUUUGCAUUUGAUCUGGAUGGGAAGCGUUUGGCCACCAUGUCAACCCUACUGCUCAGAGCGGGGGUCACCUGCCACCAGCUGGCCAACCAGGACUUCCUAAAGGUGGAUCCCGAUGGUUCACAGUAUAAAGAUGUGGAAUACAUCCUGCUGGAUCCAUCCUGCAGUGGAUCAGGGAUGGUUUGCCUACGGGACAACUCUGCAGCAAACCAGGAGGAGGAAAAAGCUCGCCUGGCAUCUCUGGCUUCCUUCCAGCUGCGGUGCCUGAACCACGGCCUCAGGUUCCCCCGCCUGAAGCGCCUGGUCUACUCCACCUGCUCCAUCCACAGCCAGGAGAACGAGGAAGUCAUUGCUGCCUGUCUGCAGCAGAACCCCAACUUCAGGUUAGUGCCACUGCUGCCCCAGUGGCCUGAACGAGGCCUGGAGCCGCUUCCACAGUGUUUACGUGCCAGUACCAGCAAAACUCUCACACAUGGCUUUUUUGUUGCUCUGCUGGAGAAAGUUAGUGACACCAGUAAUAUAAAGGAGAAACCUGCAGAUCCAGUCAGUGAUGUUGAGAACGUCCUGCCUGCUGCAAAGAUACCUGAUGCUGCUGCGGAGGAAAAGCCUGGUUCUGCUGUAGAGGAAAACCCUGAAUCCUCAGAUGCUGAGGAGAUGGUGACAUUACCAGCAGAGGACACUAAUGGUGAUGCACCCAGUAAGAAAAGGAGGAGAAAAAGAAAAAAGAAGAAGAAGAAUUUAUCCAAAGCAGAAUGAAACUUUAAUACUUUCUCUGUAAAUGUAAAAU